AGUUUUUGACGAUCCUUUUACCUUUUCCAGAAAUUUCAGACGGAGAUUGUUAGGGUUUCGAUCGAAGUUUAGUUAGGGAGAAGAAAACAAUGGCCGAGCACACCCAGGAUUCGGGUCCUGUUACAGAGUCUAUGAUGGAUAAGAUAACGGAGAAGCUUCAUGGUCACGAUUCGUCAUCUUCUUCGUCCGAUUCGGACAACGAGAAGUCGUCACCUUCACCCAUGAAAAAACCGGAGGUUAAUCGGCUCUUUGGAAGGCAGAAGACUCUGCACGAGGUGUUGGGCGGUGGAAAACGCGCUGAUAUGUUAUUAUGGAGGAACAAGAAGAAUUCCAGCGUUCUGCUUGGUGGAGCCACCUCGAUAUGGAUUCUCUUCGAAUUGCUUGAUUACCAUCUCCUCAGUUUACUAUGCCAUUGCUUGAUCCUAGCUUUGACCAUCUUGUUCGUCUGGUCUAAUGCUAGCAGCUUCAUCAACAAGUCUCCCCCGCGCAUCCCAGAAGUGUCUAUUCCGGAGGAACCGGUUAUCCAGUUUGCUACUGCCUUGAGAUUUGAGAUUAACCGAGUAUUAGCUGUGCUAAGGGAUGCCGCCACGGGAAGAGAUCUGAAGAAAUUCCUUGCAGUGAUUACUAGCUUGUGGGUGCUGUCAAUCAUGGGGUCCUGUUGCAACUUCUUGACUUUGUUCUUCAUAGGGUUUGUAUUGUUGCACACGGUGCCCGUGUUCUAUGAGAAGUACGAUGACCAGGUGGACAAGUUUGCGGAGAAGGCGAUGGCUGAGAUCAAGAAACAAUAUGCAGUAUUUGAUGCUAAGGUUCUAAGUAAGAUACCAAAGGGGCCAUUCAAAGACAAGAAGAGGGCUUAGAGAAGUUUGAACUCAAAAGACAAGAAAAGAGGGCUUAGUGAUGUUGAGGUAUCCUCCCUUUGUAGGAUUUAACAGUCAUAUGGAUAGCUAUGUUUUUUUUCUUUUUGGCUUGUCCAUAAUGGGCUAGAACCCAAUGUUUUAUAUCAAGUGUUCUUGGUAUAUGUUGGGUUCUCCAUUUGGAUGAAAAUGUUAUUUUGGUAGGAAAUGGCUCCGAGUUUCAGAUCUU